GCCUCUUCAUGUUGUUAUGCCAGCCAGUAUAUAAAAUAUAAAAUGGCGUGGAGUGGCUGAUUUCCCUUCAUUUACUCUUCUUGCACUGCUGUACAUACAUGAAUCGUCACCGCAAUGGCAGCCUCAUUGACCAGGAAUACAUUACGACGAGCCCUGCUCUACGUCCCCGGCUCAUCACAAAAGUUUCUCGACAAGUCGCGCUCUCUCGCCGCAGAUUGCGUCGCAUAUGACCUCGAAGACAGCGUCACUCCGCACAAGAAGGCCGAAGCUCGCCAUCUGGUGCGGAGAGCCAUUGACCAACCCGCUCCGCCACAAAUCCUUGAGCGAGCAGUCCGUAUCAACUCCGUAGAAAGCGGACUAGCCUUGGCCGACUUGAAUGAAGUUUUGCAAUCCCCAAAUUUAACCACCCUCGUCGUCCCCAAGGUUAAUUCAGCCUCGGACUUGACUUUUAUUAAUGAUGUUGUCACUCAUACUCUGGGUAACUCAGCGACCGGGUCAUCUACACGGCCACCAAUCUCAAUCCUAGCUCUCAUCGAAUCCGCCAAAUCAAUUACCAACCUCAGUGAAAUCUGCAAGGCGACACCCCUUCUUCAGGGUCUCAUCUUCGCCGCUGAGGACUUUGCGCUUGACCUCAGCCUCACUCGGACACCAUCACUUACUGAAUUCCUGUUUGCCAGAUCCGCUAUUGCGACUGCUGCCAGAGCACAUGACUUGCCAUCGACUAUCGACCUGGUCUGCACGGCGUACAAAUCAGCGGAUCCAGUGCAUAAGGGCCCUCCACCGGUUUUGGAGGAGGAGUCGAGAGGUGGGAAGAGGUUAGGAUUUAAUGGGAAGCAGUGUAUCCAUCCAACUCAGGUGGAGACUGUGCAGCGUGUCUUCAGUCCCGAAGCUGAGGAGGUGGAAUGGGCUGUCAGGGUAGUGAUUGCGGAUGGCAAGGCGGCAGAGGCAGGAAGAGGGGCGUGGUCGUUGGACGGGAAGAUGAUUGAUGUGCCUGUGGCCGAGAAGGCCAAGGCUAUUGUGCGUCGAGCAGAGGCUUGCGGACUAGAUAUCGCGAGACUACAAGAGCAAUGGCAAGGACAGGAACCUGAGUAGUUUUGAAAUUUGUUUCGCAUAUGAAAUAAUAGUCCACUAGCUAGAUACUUCGUUCUGCAGCGUAAGUAAAAUGAGAGGGGAUGCAGGGCAACUCGGUCUAAAUGUCACGGAAGCAACGCCAAAAACAGGAUGUAGUCUUGAAUGGCGCAAAGGGGGUAUCCA